AUGCCCCACCUUAUCAUACCCUUCACCCGCAAAGCUUUCCCAAAACGCACCAAGUUCUUCCGCACCACCGAGGUCAAGCUCACCAAAGCCGCCCAAGCCGCCGCCGAGCUCCUCAACAACAUCACCCUCCCCCUCGUCUGGUGCCCCUCGGAGGCGCAGAAGCUCCUGCACGCCUUCCAGCGCUGCGAGUACGAGAUCCUCUCCGACCCCGACCUGACCCGCUUCGUCGACGCCAACUUGCAAAAGUGGCAGGCGGCAAUGUACAAGCACAACCAGGAGUACAAGAACCUGUAUGAGGUCAUGAUGACGCUCAAGGCGCUGUAUAAGAAGCGUGUUGCCCGCGGGAAGGACCAUUGUGGCGAGUAUGACCUGUGCUGUAGGAUUAACCUCGGCUGGGCGAAGCUGAGUGAGACGUUUGAUCCGUAUGUGGUCCGUUACUUUAAUGAGACGGAGCAUGGGAAGAGGGAUAAGAGUAAGAAGGGGAGAUUGGCGGAGUUGGAGAAGAGGAUUGCGCAUCAGGAGAACAUUAGGGUAGAGAUGAAGGAUAGUGGUGCGGAGGAUUAA